AUGGCGCCUCCCAGCACACUGCCGCUGGCCGCUGCUGUUCUGGCUUUGGCUGGGAUUGUCACGGCUCAGCAACCGGGUACAAGCACUCCUGAGGUCCACCCCAAGUUGACGACGUAUCAGUGUACGACGUCGGGAGGAUGCGUGGCUCAGGACACCUCGGUCGUCCUGGACUGGAACUACCGCUGGAUGCACGACGUCAACUACAACUCGUGCACCGUCAAUGGCGGCGUAAACUCUACAAUCUGCCCCAACGAGGCGACUUGCGGCACCAACUGCUUCAUUGAGGGCGUCAACUACACUGCUUCGGGUGUCACAACCUCUGGCAGCUCGCUCACCCUGAACCAGUACAUGCCCGCCACCACCGGCGGAUACAGCAGCGUGUCCCCUCGACUCUAUCUCCUGGACGCCGAUGGAAACUACGUGUUGCUGCAAUUGAAUGGCAAGGAGCUGAGCUUCGACGUCGACAUAUCAGCUCUGCCCUGUGGAGAGAAUGGCUCGCUCUACCUCUCUCAGAUGGCUGCCAACGGCGGUGCCAACCAGUACAACACCGCUGGUGCCAACUAUGGAAGCGGCUACUGCGAUGCCCAGUGCCCCGUUCAGGCGUGGAAGAACGGCACCCUCAACACCAACAACUCGGGCUACUGCUGCAACGAGAUGGACAUCCUCGAGGGCAACUCGGAGGCCAAUGCUUUGACUCCCCACUCCUGCACGGCCACGGCCUGCGACUCCAGCGGCUGCGGCCUCAAUCCCUAUGCUAGCGGAUUCCACAGCUACUAUGGCCCUGGAUUGACUGUUGAUACCUCCAAGCCCUUUACCAUCAUCACCCAGUUCAACACGGAUACCGGCAGCCCUUCCGGCAACCUUGUCAGCAUCACCCGCAAGUACAUCCAAAACGGCGUUUCCAUCCCAAGCGCCCAGUCUGGUGGCGACAUCAUCUCCUCAUGCCCGUCAGCCUCGAACUAUGGCGGCCUCAACACCAUUGGCAAGGCUCUGACCUCGGGCAUGGUCCUAAUCUUUAGCAUCUGGAACGACAACAGCGGCUUCAUGAACUGGCUGGACAGCGGCAGCAGCGGCCCCUGCAGCAGCACCGAAGGCAACCCGGCCACGAUUCUGGCCAACAACCCGAACACUCAUAUCACCUAUUCCAAUAUCAAAUGGGGAGAUAUCGGCUCGACUACCUCCAAUGGCAGCUCACCACCUCCCGUCUCCAGCUCCAGCUCUAGUUCAAAGCCGCCUGCCAGCUCGACGACUCUGAGGACCAGCACAACUACGUCCAAGACGUCGACGGCUCCCCCGAGCUGCACGCAGACUCACUGGGGCCAGUGCGGUGGUAACGGCUACACCGGCUGCAAGACUUGCGCCUCGGGUACAACUUGCCAGUAUAGUAACGACUACUACUCUCAAUGUCUUUAG